UGUUAAUUUCUGCCUGGGGUAAGCUGCUGCUUCUCAUCUUUGUCUGAAUGAAGGCUGAGCUUUACUCAGACUGAAACAUCCUACCCUCUGAAAUCAUCCGUCAGCAUUACACUGCUUUAUUUGCAGUUCCUUUCUCGUUCGGGGUUAAAUUGUUGACUCGCAAGAAUUGAACAAUAGGCAAGUGAUUCGGGAAAGGAUAUUUGAAGGGGAGGAUUUGAAGGAAGAAUUCUGGAACUGACAUCAUAUCAAGAUUUGAAAUCACUCGAUCUGUCAGGAUCUGAAUGUCAUAGAUCUUUAAACAUGGAAGGAGAAAUUUUCCUCUCUGCUUCACAAGGUUUUAAAAAUGAAUGUGACUGGAGAAAGAUUGUGAGACACACAUGAAUGAAAGUGUUUUAGUGCUUUGACAGUGAAGAAAAGCUGUAGCUAAUUAAACAGCCUGAAAAAGAAAUUAUAGUUCACAGCAGAGAGAAGAAGAGAGAUCAUUUGUAUAUUCUAUGUGUGUGAACAAGGCUUCAACUGAUUGUAAAACCCUGAGAGACACUCUCUCAGCAUGAAUAAAUCCUGGAAAUGUGGACAAUGUGGGGAAGGAUUUCCUUCCCCAUCUGCACUUGACAUUCAUGAGCGCAGACACACUGGAGAGAAACCAUUCACCUGUUUCAUGUGUGAGAAAGGUUUCAUUUCAGUCUCCAAUCUGCUGAGACACCAGCAGCUUCACGCUGGCAAGCGACCAUUCACCUGCUCUGCAUGUGGGAAAGGAUUCUGUGAUUCACACAACUUGCUGCAACACCAACGGAUUCACACCGGGGAGAGGCCAUUCGCCUGCUCUCAUUGUGGCAAGGGAUUCACGCAGUUAUCCAACCUGCAUGUCCACCAGCGCGUUCACACUGGGGAGAAGCCGUUUGUUUGCUCUCAGUGCGGGAGGGGAUUCACGCAGUUAUCCAAUCUGCAAACGCACCAGCGAGUUCACACCGGGGAGAGGCCAUUUAUCUGCUCUCAGUGCAGGGAAGGAUUCUCUCGAUUAUCCAACCUGCAGAAACACCAGCGAGUUCACACGGGGGAGAGACCGUUCAUCUGCUCUCAGUGCGGGAAGGGAUUCACACAGUCAUCCCAUUUGCGGAAACACCAACAGAUUCACACCAAGGAGAGGUCAUUCACCUGCUCUCAGUGCGGGAAGGGAUACAAUCGAUUCUCCAGUCUGCAGAAACACCAGCGAGAUCACCAGUGACUGCAGGAGUGUUUUCUGCUGUUAGUGCUGCUGCCCAUCACAAUCAGGACCAAACUAUGUUGAGUCUGCCAGUGGGUGAAGUGGGAGGCUCGGAAGGUUUCUUUCUGCUGGACUGGCCACCUCAGCACUUUGCAUCCAAUGUGGCGGAUGCUUCAAAUGCCAUAAGGAAUUGAUGAAUGAGAGGAAGGUUUGGGAGGUAGAAGUCCUUCAGUUUGCAUUUCAUGUUCUCCACGUUGGCAUGGAGAUGGUCACAAUAGGCGGUAGUUUUAUUUAAUUGAUGUGAGGAUGCUUCUCACAGAAGUUCCUUGGAGAUUUGGAAAGAUGGCAGCUCAUUUGGAAUCGCUGAGGGGGAAACGAAGCCAGAAGGUUUGCUGAGCUUGGAUCUGGAGGAAGAAAUCUCCAAUAUGGCUCUCACUGAGUCAUGUGGUGGCAGGAAGCUGUUGUACAUCAAACAAAUGAAUGAGGAUCAGGAAGGCCAUUCAGCCUUUCGACACUGUGACAAGAUAGUGAUGGAUCGGAUUGCACAUCCACUCCCGUGUUCCUGUCUGAACCCUCGAAGUGUUGUCCUGAAGAUCGUCAAAAAAAUGGUGCAGAAGACUGAACUGAAUAAAUGGAACUGAUCAGUUUUUAACUAGUGGGACGUUUAAAGCAAAUUGCUGGAGAUCAUGGAGUAAAUCAGUGUUGAUAAAAGCGGAUGGUGUUUCUUCAGGCAAUGUCGCACCAAAGGGGGAAUGCUCCUGAGAAACUCAUCCUUCCUAAUGCAUUAACCACAAGCGCAAAUAGAUGCGAGGGAUUUGAAAGCAUUUAUAUUUUUGGGGAAGUCAUUUCCAGAUGUCCAAGAAGGAUUUUUAUUUGGAGUUGCUGACUCAGCUGAAAUUGUAUGAGGGAAAGCUUUGGACCUUUUCACUGUGUUAAUGCAUGUUAUUGCGGGUUAAUGUGUGUCGAAGAUACUUGCCAGAAUAUUGUGAAUGGUUUUGGGGCCUCUGAUUGAAGGACAGAUGUACUGGGCAUUGAGGGUGUGCACUCGGCUGGCUCUAGGCAUAGAGGGGCUGCUGAGAGGGGAAGACGAACAGAUUGGGCCUGCACAUGUUGGAAAAUAGAGCAAUGAAACAGGACCUUAUAGAAAAGUCUCUCAGUGGUUAGCGCUGCUGCCUCACAGUACCAGAGACCCAGGUUCGAUUCUGGCCUCGGGCGAUUCUCUGUGUGGAGUUGCACGUUCUGCCUGUAUCUGUGUGGGUUUCCUCCGGGUGCUCCGGUUUCCUCUCUCAAUCCAAAGAGGUGCAGGUUAUGAUGAAUUGGCCAUACUAAAUUGCUCCAGAGUGUUCAGGGAUGUGUAGAUUAGGUGCAUUAAUCAGGGGUAAAUGUAGAGUGACAGGGUCGGGUUAUGGGUCUGGGUGAGUUACUGUUUGGAAGGUCUGUCUGGACUUGUUGGACCAAAGGGCUUGUUUCCACACUGUAGGGAUGCUAUGAUGAUUCAGAGAUUUGACAGGGUAGUUGUAAAAAGUUUGUUUUCCCUUGUGGGAAAGUCUAGGACCACACUGGGCACAAUCGCAGAAUAUUUGGUCAUUUACUUGAGAUAGAGACGAGGGCGAAUUUCUUCUUAAAGGUUGGGAGGCUGAAAUUCUUUACUUAGACUUAGACUUAGACUUAGACUUAGACUUACAGUGUGGAAACAGGCCCUUCACUUGUUUACAAGUGAGGCGUAUCAGGGCUGGGUUAUUACCUAUGUUGAAGGCUGAGAUAGACUUUUUUUUAAACAAAUAGUUUUAUUAAAGACCUUUGUAAAUCUUUUACAAAACAUCUACAUACAAAAAAACCCAUCAAAACACAGAAAAGUAGAGACAGUACAAUGAAGUUAUAAUGUGACACUAUUAGUAACGAACGACCUGCUAUUCUACCAGAACAAACGCAAUUACUUAAUUUGUUCAUAGCUUAGUUUAAGUUAAAUAAAUAUUAAAUUAAACUAAAUUCAAGUAACUUAGACUAAAUUAUAUCUCACUACUUAUUCUAUUUCACUUAUCAUACCUCCACUGAGGCUGUCAUCCCUGGGACCACCAGCUACAGUACCCGCAUUCUUUUUCUCCCAGCCUCCCCCUCCCAGGCCCCCACGGCACCCAUACUGAUUCCCAGAGCUAUACCACGGCCCUAAAUAAUAUGACUGAUAAGUCUGCAUAAAUAUAAUUUAAAAAGGGCCGCCACGUCUUGUGCUCCGUUUUGUGGUGCACCAUAUUUGUGAGGUAGUCUUGGGGGAGAUGCUCCGUCACCAGCCUGCGCCAGACCUGCUGGUUUUUACCGAGGUCCAAUUCACUAGAAUGUUCUUCCUCGCACAGUGGGUAAGAAUGUUACACGAUCUCUUCCCAUGUUUACCUAGAGAGGGCAAAUUUGGCAACCCCAAAAGAAGAAAUACCAGAUCCACGCCUCUCACCCUAAACCUAUGCCCUCUAUUUCUGGACUCCUGCAAACCACAGAAAAGACUUUGUUUAUUUUUCCUAUCCUCAUGAUUUUAUAAACUUCUAUAAGGUCACCCUCAGUCUCCAAUGCUCCAGGGAAAACAGCCUCACCCUAUCUUACUGCUGUGAAAAACACUGCUUCAGGCUAACUUAAUAAGGAUUAUAUUUUAAAAAUGUAAUCGAGACAGAUCUCAAUAAAACGUAUAAUCAAGAAAGAACCCAAUACUUUACAGAUUGGAGAUUUACAGCAAGGCUACAUUUAAAAUUAUGGAUUUAACUGUUUCUGUGCUGUGACCUCUUUCAAACAGGUUCCUCCAAGAUCAGUUGUGAAUCUUUGAGAAAGUAUCAGAAUGAGAAACUGGGGAGAAAUCACAAGUAAAUUCCAGUGGGCUGUGGCAUACCUUUGGGUUGAACCCUGAAGAAAGUGAAUAAAUCUUCCAGACUUUGUGAGAUAAAGGGUGUAAAAGUAAAACUGAAUUCAAAUCUUUACUUAGGUAUUUAGGAUUGUGUUAAGUUAGGAUGUUUCUUUGUUUAAUUUUUCA